AUGCAUCAUACUUUUUUUUGUUCUUUACCAUUGGAUUUUGAUACUGGUGAUGAAAGUAAUGAAAAUGAUAUAGAAAGUAUUGGUUAUGAUUCAAAUUAUGUUUGUCAGAGUGAUCAUUAUUUUGAUCCAAUAACCGGUGCAGAAAAAAUAAGUUUACGUGGUAUAAAAUAUUGUGAAGAAUUAAAUGUAAUUAAUCAUCGUAUAUAUUGUUGCAAUACAGAUCAUUGUAAUAAAUGGUUACCGCCAAUGACAAUACAAACUACUUUUAUUUAUUCGAAUGAUCAACAAUAUUUACCUUCGAUGAUACUAACAAUUCUUUCUAUUAUGUUUCAAUAUUUUUCUUAA